GACGAUGAUCUAAGGAGGUGGUCGUCUGAAGUGGCUAAAGAAAUCGCCGAACAGAAACCCGAGUUCGCCGUGGUUCAUGUCCAAGGACUCCAUUCGGCAGAUGAUCCUGAUUACAUAUCCCGAGUGAUUAUCAGCGGGAUACUUGAUAUUCCUGAAAUUCACAAGCAUUUCGAUUCUUCGGUGGCAUUCUUCGAUACUACUAUUACGGGCCUUGGCAAUCUUUAUUUGUUCCGUGAUCAUUCUGCAGUACUGCAUUUCGACAGAUACCUGAAUACCGGUUAUCGACAAGUUCGUCCUGGACACGAUUCCAUCAUUGGAAGGUCAGAAGCCGAUGGUUUUAUCAGAAACACCUUCGGAGAGCAGCCGCCCUUAGUGCGACGGCAAUUCUAUAGAGAUGACGGCACACGUGACAUUUCGCAGCAGAGGACGGGAUUCCUCCUGACUCGAUUCAGAAUCCAUGGAAAAGAGAUGACAUUUGUCAAUCUCAACCUGCACUCGGUUCCGUUCGAAGAUGUGAAUGAGAUCGUCGAACACGUUCAGGUCACGAAAGCUGCAAGGAAACGUAACGAAGAAAUCGAAACUUUAUUGAGAGAGUAA